GAUUUCACAUUCAUUCCACUUCGGCUGGGAGCACUUGUUGCGUGCCAAAACAUUCCGGCUGCGAAUUACAUCACCUCCAAGCCCCGAGCAAACGCAAUCGCAAGGCGGAGAUCAUGUCGCCGCUGAGGUGCAGCUGGGUGCUCCUGCUGCUCCUGGGAUGCUCGCCCAGCCACGGCUGGAUGGCCCACUUUCGGCCCGCGGAGCUGAAGCUGCACAUGGAGCGCGAGGAUCGGGUGCAGCUCACCCUGGAGAACCUGGCACCGUCCACGCUGCAGCAGCCAGAGCGCUUCCAGUUCCGCGUGGAGAGUGCGGACACCGAUCUGGCCAGCAUUCCCGCCGAGAAUGCCACCAUUCCGCUGGCUGCCUUCAGCCCGGAGACACGCGACUGGACGGGCACCAUUGUGGUCAGCGCCCAUUUCCUGGGCCAGACCAAGUUCCAGGUGCGACUCUAUGACAGCCAGGCGAACACCAGUGAACUGCCCACCAACUGGAGCAACGACAGCACGCUGAAUGUGAAGAUCCUGCGUCCGACGCGAGUGCUGGAUCUCGUCUUUGUGCACACCGUCAUCCUGCUGAUGACGCUGCUGUACAUCAACUUCGGGGCCGCCCUGGACCUGGAGGUGCUGAGGGGUCUGAUCGUGCGGCCCAUUGGUCCGUGCAUCUGCUUCGUGACUCAGGUGGUGGGCAUGCCGCUGCUGAGCUACGCCCUGGGCGUCUUCAUCUUCCCCAAUGCACCGGUCAUGCAGCUGGGGCUCUUCUUCACCGGAAUCUCGCCCAGCGGCGGAGCGUCGAACACCUGGGCCGCCGUGCUGGACGGCAACAUUCACCUGUCGGUGCUGCUGACCACCGUCUGCAACGUGGCCGCCUUUGCCACCAUGCCCAUGUGGCUGUUCACGCUCGGCCAGCUGGUCUUCGACCGGGUGGGCGCGCAGGUGCCCUACCAAAAGAUCGCCGUCUACUGCAGCGGCCUGAUCCUUCCCCUGCUGGUCGGGCUGCUCGUCCAGAGGCGACUGCCGCGGAUCGCCAGGGUCUUGGUGCGCCUGCUCAAGCCCAUCUCCACCUGCCUCAUCCUGUUCAUCAUCGUCUUCGCCAUCAUCACCAACUACUACCUGUUCUACUUGUUCUCCUGGCAGAUUGUCUUAGCUGGCAUAGCGCUGCCAGGACUGGGCUACAUCUUCGCCUGGCUGGCGGCCAAGUUGCUCCAUCAGAACGCCGCCGACGCCCUGACUAUAGCCAUUGAGACCGGCAUCCAGAACACGGGCAUCGCCAUCUUCCUGCUCACGACCACGCUGGAAUCGCCGGAAUCGGACCUCACCACGGUGGUGCCGGUGGCGGUGGCCGUGAUGACGCCCUUCCCCCUGCUCGGAAUCUAUCUCUACAAACGAUUCUGUGCACCCAAAACGAACGAAGCCUCCGCUUCCGAAUCGGAGCGGAUUGUUUAAGCUUCCAGAUGCUGCACUUCACAUAUCUUGCAGGCUAUUGUAUUACUCUCGUAGUUAUAGUAUUUUUGUACAUAUUGGUUGUUUGAUAGCUUAUACAUCGUUUAGCAUGUAGACCAGGUUGCGACGCAGUGCGGCAACAACAAAAAAUUGGGGACCAUUCCGGAAUUUCGUAUACCUAAGUUUUGGAUUGAUCAUCUUACAAUAAAGUGAUAUUUUUACGAUAUCGA